AUUCAUUUCAACCGAAACUGUGCAUCAGCGUGUUACUUUGCAGAAGAGCAGACCGACUAUGCGAGGCUGUUCAGUCACGUCUUCCUAGGCAACAUGCAAGUUGAGAAUCGACGUUUCAUUAUUUCUGAUGACGGGUUCCGGGCUAAUAAUUACCGUACGUACAUGUUGAACGAGACAAGCAUACCGCCACGAUUAUAG